AUGCAAGGUCAUCAUCAACAGUUAUCAUCAGCCUCUCCCACGAACAAAGAUGGGUAUGAUCUUGGAGAGAUAGACCCAUCGCUCUUCUUCUAUCUUGAUGGACAAGGACAUCAUGAUCAUCCAUCAACUGCUCCUUUAACUCAUCAUCACACAACCCAGAAUUUGGCGAUGAGACCUCCAACAUCGACGCUCAACAUCUUCCCAUCUCAGCCGAUGCACAUAAAGCCACCUCCUCCUUCUACAUCCAAUACCCAUAGUACAAGUUUGGUUCCGGCUGCUACACCUAGUGGUUCGACUCGACCAUCUUCUGAGCCGUCCAUGGACUUGAUCACCAAUCAUUCUCAGUUUCAAAUUCAUCAACCUUGUAAAUCAAUCAAGAAAGAAGGGAACCACAAGGGUCAUGCCUCAUCGGACCAUGACAUACCAAAAUCAACAGACCCUAAGACAUUAAGAAGACUAGCACAAAACAGAGAAGCAGCAAGGAAAAGCAGACUACGAAAAAAAGCUUAUGUUCAGCAACUUGAGUCAUGUAGGAUCAAGCUGACCAACCUAGAACAAGAGAUUCAACGGGCCAGAUCCCAAGGCUUAUUAUUUGGAGAGUCUCUUAUGGGAGGAGAUCAACAGCAAGGAGAACUGCCCCAUGGUUGGGGAAUCAUCAGCUCUGCAGAAGCAGCGGUGUUUGAUAUGGAAUACGCGAGAUGGCUGGAGGAGCAGCAGAGGCUGUUAACCGAACUAAGGGUGGCGACACAAGAGCACUUGGCUGAGAACGAGCUUAGGAUGUUUGUGGACACUUGUCUAGUUCACUAUAACCAUUUGAUUAACCUCAAGGCCAUGGUGGCUAAGGCUGAUGUGUUCCACCUUAUCUCUGGUGCUUGGCAAACUCCAGCCGAGCGUUGCUUCUUGUGGAUGGGAGGUUUUCGUCCAUCUGAAAUCAUUAAGGUAAUUGUGAACCAGAUAGAACCACUGACAGAGCAACAGAUAGUUGGGAUUUGUGGGCUGCAACAGUCCACACAAGAGACCGAAGAGGCUCUCUCGCAAGGUAUCGAAGCACUGAAUCAGUCGCUAUCAAGUAGUAUUAUAUCCGACUCCCUCUCGCCUGCCUCUGCACAGCUUCCCCCUCAUCUAUCCAAUCUCAUGUCACACAUGUCCUUAGCUUUCAACAAACUCUCUUCCCUUGAGGGCUUCGUUCUCCAGGCGGAUAAUCUGAGGCACCAAACAAUCCAUAGGCUGAACCAAUUGUUGACGACCCGUCAAGGAGCACGUUGUAUUCUAGCCGUUGCAGAGUACUUCCACCGUCUUCAAGCUCUAAGUUCUCUCUGGCUAGCUCGUCCACGCCAUGAUGGAUGA